AAGUACGAUGCCUCCAGGAAAGAGAAGAUCGUGCAUAGGUCAAGGUCUUUGGGAUCUUUUCAUACAGGCUUAAAAGGAUCUAUAGUGGCUCACAAUCUCCCCUUCUUUUUGAGUGUUGAGAGAUCGAUCCUUCUCUGGUAGUCUCAAAAAAUGGCCAUGAUCUUAGAUGCCUCUGUGAGAAGAUUUGUUGGCAAGCUUUCAGAAUUUGUAGAAGGAGAGAUGUCGAUGAUGCUAGGCGUGAAGGAUGAGCUCAAGAAACUUCAAAGAAGAAUGGAGAGGAUAAGAGGUUUUCUUCAAUCUGCGGAGCAGAAGAGACAUACAUACCCGGAUAUCAAUAUAUGGGUGACGGAGUUGAAAGAUAUCAUGUAUGAUGCGGAGGAUAUCAUUGACCGUUGUACGAUCGAGGGCAGGAGAUUGUUGGAAGAUCAUCCGUCCGAAUCAGCGGUACGCCGUCCCUUAUCUUUAUUUUCUUGCUUUUGCUGCAUCAAGUUCCGGCACGAAAUUGGUAGCGAAAUUAGAAAACUUGAUGAUAGGUGGAAACAUACUGUAGAAGAUAUAUCAAUAUUGUCUAAACUAGAACCCACUAGGCAUGGUGAUCAAGCCAGCGGAGCAAAUCAUCUCCAGACAUUUUCUAUUGAGGUCAAGUCUGAUAUUGUAGGGACACAAAUUGAAGAGGCCACCCAGAGUCUCGUGGAGUCCUUAAUUAAAGAAGACGAUAAAAAAUACCAAGUUUUGGGGAUUGUUGGGAUGGGUGGAAUUGGCAAGACCACUCUUGCUUCUCAUAUAUUCAAUGACGAAAGGAUAAAACAGAACUUCUCUAUGCGGGUAUGGGUGUGUGUUUCUCAGGAAUUUUCGGAGACAAGAUUGCUGAAAGAGAUAAUUAGGGGUGCAGGUGGAGAUUAUGGGGAGGCUGAAACUAUGGAGGAACUCGUACGCUGUCUUUCCUCUGUACUUUUAAAAAGAUUCUUUAUUGUAUUAGAUGAUGUAUGGCGGACAGAUGUAUGGGAGGAUUUGCUUAGAUAUCCCUUUGAAAGUGCAACAGCUAAUGGUAGGAUUGUGAUUACCACUCGAGAUACGAACGUGGCUAGAAGUAUUAGAGCAGAGAUGCAUCAUGUUGAUAAAAUGGAUAAUGACAGUUGCUGGAAAUUGCUCCACAAGAAUGUCUUUGAAGAUGAUGAUGAAGAGGAGGAGAUCUCUAGUUUUAAAAAGAUCGGGAUGAAAAUUGUUGAAAAAUGUGAUGGUCUUCCUCUUGCAGUGAAGGUUAUUGCAGGGGUUCUAAGGUCGAUGGAUAGAAACACCAUAGAAUGGAAAAAGGUUCUCGAAAGUGAUGCUUGGUCCAUGAGCCAACUUCAUGAAAAACUCCCAAGAGCUCUAUUUUUGAGUUAUGAAAAUUUACCAUCGGAUCUUAAACAGUGUUUUCUUUAUUGCUCGUUGUUUCCUGAGGACUCUAGAAUGUAUAGGGAGGAUCUUAUUUGUUACUGGGUGGCAGAAGGUUUUGUAAAAUCAACACAAGGAAAUACACUGAUGGAAGAUGUAGCAGAGGAUCACUAUAGGGAGUUCAUUUGGAGGAACCUUUUACAUGGUCAUAAUGAUGACACUUGGUGCACAAUGCACGAUCUGUUACGCUCCCUUGCUCUUUUUUUGAUUCGUGAUGAGAGCAUUUUUCUUGGCGGCGAGCAAUCACCUAACACAAACCCAUUGAGUAAACUUCGCCGCUUGUCGAUGGUGAACGUGGGGGAGAUGGUGGAAGUUCCUGAUGUAAUAAAACAGCAAAAGUGCUUAAGAACUCUUCUUGUUUGGAGGAGUUAUAAGACGAAGAUGAUCAAUAAUGAACUUUUUGAAAAUUUGAGUUAUCUGCGAGUCAUGAACCUGAGUGACACGAGACUCGAUAGCCUUCCGGAUUCGGUAGGAGAUCUUUUGCACCUGAGAUAUCUAAAUCUAAAUGGGACGAAGAUCAAGGAGUUGCCAAAGUCCAUCGGCCGGCUUGUAAACUUGGAGAUACUAAACCUGUCAGGUUGUCAAUCCUUGCCUACUCUCCCCAAGGCCAUCACAAAAUUGUACAAUCUAAGAUGCCUUCGUCUAGAAAAUACAACAUUAACCCAUGUGCCAAAGGGAAUGGGCAAAUUACAGCAUCUUAACCAUCUUGAAGGAUUUGUCGUCGGCCAUGAUGACAGAAGAGACAAGCAAGAUAACGAGGGGUGCGGUCUGGAGGAGCUACAAUCCCUGUCUCAGCUGAGAUUCCUGUCGAUACGAAGGUUGGAGAGGGCACAACCUGGGGGAGCUCUGGUACUCGCGAACAGCCGCUCUCUGAGGACACUAAUUUUGGAAUACGAACCACCUGAAGAUGGGGAAGAAGCAAUUGCAAUCCAGAGAAAUGACCAGAUUUAUAAUGAGCUCGCUCCUCAAUCCACCCAACUACAGGAACUUGAGAUUUACAACUUCAUCGGUACUGGAUUUUUCAGAUGGAUGAUAUCCUCUCCUUUGAGUGCCUCUUUUCCUAACCUGACAAAAAUAAUACUCGAUCAUUGUCUAUCAUGUCCGCAGCUUCCUCCACUGGGCCUGUUGCCCCAACUGAAAUCCCUUUGUAUUAACCAAGCAGGUGCAAUCAAAACCAUCGGA